CAUAUCAGGUGAACUACCAGCAUAUAAUGAAAUCUACCUUAUCUCUCAAAUUAAGAGACCCUGGAGCGAUGGACUGCCCCCACGUCUCGCGCCUAUCGGGUCGCUGCGGGGCCCAGAAAAGUGGCCCUCGAUUAAUAAUCACUUUUCUUCAGCGCUUCCGAAUUGCUUCAAUCGAGUCAAGCCAAGCCAGCGGCGGUGAUGCCAAUUAGGUCGCGCUAGACAUCCUCCGAUCGGUGUUUAGCUGUAAGCAUCAGCAACGAUGCGACGACGCACGCGCAAGAGCGUCAUCCAACUGGCCUUCUUCAUCGCGAUCCUGAGCCUCAUUCUCUUCCUCAACAAACCCCCGUCCCCCGGGCGGACAUUCGCCUGGACCAAAGUCACCUACCGGACCACCGCAUCCCAGCUCCCCGAACCCCGAGGACUCUGUCCUGGACUCAAGGAAACUGACAAGCCGGCCCUCGUGGUCUCGCGGGUCACCGGCGAUGACUCCGCCUGGCUCGACGCGCUGCGCGAGCAGUACCACCUCUGCAUCUACACAGCAGAUGCUGCAGCACCGAAGAACCCGGAGGCCACCCACCUCCAGGUCCCGGCCAACCGGGGCCACGAGGCGAUGGGGUAUCUGACCUUUCUCAUCGACAACUACCACCACCUCCCGGCAGCGGGGAUGGUGUUCGUGCACGGCUCGCGCUGGGCCUGGCACAACGACCACCGCGAGUACGACAACGCCGCGCUCCUGGCCGCGCUGAACCUCACAUCCGCCCUGCAGCCCUGGGGGUACCACAACCUCCGCUGCGACUGGAGCGUGGGCACGUGUCCGACCACCCAGCCCGCCCAGGGCAGCCUGGAGCUGCGCCUGCAAUCCGUCCUCGAGCCGUGGAGCGCCCGCAUGGCCUCGGACGUGGCACUCCCGCGCGCGCUGGCCUCACUGUUCGGCCAUCCCGGCCGCAGCGCCCACGAGACCCACGCGCAGACGCAGGUCCUCCUCGGCCGCAACGACCCCGUCCGCGCGCAGUGCUGCGCCCAGUUCGUCGUCGCCCGCGCCAACGUCUGGCAGCACUCGCAGGACGAGUACAUCGCGCUGCGCCAGUGGCUGCUGGACGGCAUGCACGCGCGAGCCCCGAACCGUCGAGGAGCGAUGCCGGCGCCGGCGGACGAUCGCGUGGCCGGCCGCAUCCUGUCGUAUGUCUGGCAUAUCCUGUUCGUGAAGCAGAGCGCCGUCCGCCCCGACGGAGAGUUGGCCCCCGGGCUGGUGGAUCUGGAUCGGCUGAAUCGUGUGGCAUGUCCCAGUGCGCAGGAGUGUUAUUGUCGGCUGUAUGGGCGGUGCGGGUUGGAGAGGUGCUCCGUGGGAAGCUGUAAGGGGGAGUAUGUGGUGCCGCCGGAGUAUAAGGUGCCCGAGAGGGUGAUGAGGGGGUAGAUUCUGUGGGCUCGACAGAGUAUCUUGAAGGAUGUUGGGCCUGUAUUUAUACUAUUUGUUGGAGACUACAUAUGCUCGAAUUGGGAUACCUGCUGGUUCGGGUUGUUUGUUCAUAUUGAUUGGUUUCGGGAUGUGGUAUAUAUCUAGAAUGUGAG